UCUAGAAGCCGGCGGUAGAAGUAGAUAUCUUAAAUUUUCCAGUCCAUUCAACAUUUUUUUAAGCCACAGAAACACACGUUAAUGCAAUCCAAGGUGAUUGGCUGUCCGGGUGCAGUGCACCCCACUCGAAGGCCAAAUUCAAGAGCAUUUCACGCUUUCCAUCGUAUUUGCAUGCUUGAAAGAGCAGAGCCAACACGUAGACACCGAACACACAACUUGUUUUCAAAUUUGGCCGCCCUAGUCGACAAUCGAUUAACUAGCAACCUUAUCGAAAUUAGCAAGUCGCUUGUGUUCCAUCUCUAGCAGAAGAGAAGAUCGUGAAGAAGAAGCAGAGCACAGAGAUCGGACACAAACAAUAAAGAAAUUAAAAAAUUAGCCAUAAUUAGGCUGUGUUUUUCGGUUCGAGGGGGUGUUGUUUCAAAAGAGGGGAGCGGAUAUGGCCUUUCUUUGCCCAGUGCGCAUGCGGCGCGACAAGAAGAAAGCUACAAAUGCCAGCAUAGAAAGGGAUUUGCCAGUUGUGGGUGGAUUGGGCAUGGGUCGCAUAACUGGCUCCUCCAGCAUCGAAACCCUGGUGAGAGUGGGCAUCGAAAAGGAACAUGGUCUAAGUCCCGAUUCCAAGAUGGUUGUGCUGCACGACUUUACGCCCUGCGUGGAUGAUGAACUGGAGGUGAAGCGUGGCCAGCUGGUUAACAUCCUGUACAGAGAGAACGAUUGGGUGUAUGUAAUUGGGCAGGACUCGCGGCAGGAGGGCUUCAUACCCUUCUCCUACUGUGCUCCUUGCAACACACAGCUGGCGGAUUUGGCGGUCAAGAAGAAACUGCCUAGGGAACAGUGUCCCGAGCAGCCAAUCGAUGAGAGUAUCCCCCUUCUGGGUGCAGACAACAAGCUGGAUGUGCUCUGCGAUGAAACGCUGAAUCCAGGAUCUGCCAAGAGCUUGGAGAAUAUCCUGCUGGUGGAGCCGGAGUGCACGCCUUUCGUUAAGGAACCCUCCGGCCGCUGUAUCGUUUUGUACACCUUUAUAGCCCGUGACGAGAACGAUUUGUCCGUGGAAAGGGGCGAAUUUGUUACCGUCUUGAAUCGCGACGAUCCCGAUUGGUUUUGGAUCAUGCGCAGCGAUGGCCAAGAGGGAUUCGUGCCAGCCAGUUUUAUUUAUCCCGCAGACAGCGUGCGAGUUUUGCAGCAGCAGAAGGCGACUCUAAAUGCUAUGGAGACCAUUCUGCAGCAGGGUCAACCUGGGCAGCAGACGCAACAACAACAGCAGCAGCAGCCGCAAUUGGGAUUGGGCACAGAUGAUCUGCGCUAUCACGGAACAGAGCUGGUGAUGCUGUACGACUACAAGGCGCAGGCCCCAGACGAUCUUUACCUUUCCGUUCGCCGUGGAGAUUGGAUUUACGCCGAUCUCAGUAAUCAGACUGUGGAUGGCUGGCUGUGGGCCUAUGCCCCGAAAACCCGCAAAUACGGAUUCAUUCCAAAAGCCUACGCACGUCCGCCUGCCAUGACAAGUCUCUAA